CGAAGGCCGCUGUGCAGUCGGUCAAAGUCCUGUCCAUGGGGUUACUCGUUGGAAUCAAAGUCUUGAUUAUGACACUUGAAUGAUCCAUGCCGUCUUGCUGCUGCUGCGCAUGCGAGCAAAGACCAAUAGCGCAUUUGUCAGGCGUUACCUUCACGCCUGGCUCGAGCAUGCACAGCUGUCUGCUAUAAGAUGUACCGCAUCGCCCUUCACGACUCACCAGAGCCCGAACACUUUUUGCAAGCUCGACAUCAUGACUGCUACAACAGUUUGCAAGCUCUCACCGUCCGCGAGCGCGUUCAACACCAUGCUGACCGCGUUUGUUGGCUCUUUAAUCAACGGUCUUUCCUCAGGACCAAUUCUUGCUUUUCUCAUCGGCUGGAUCUCGUGGUUGCCCGUCAUUCGCAUCCUUGGCGUGGGAGCAUAUCAGCUGCGGCUCGCCAUCCGAGCUGGCACGAGCAUGUCCGCACUUGGUAUUGGAAAAGACCAAGCCACCAACGCAGAAUGCCUCCAGAUGGAAUCCUCAGUUACUGGAGCAGCAGCGGACAAUCAGCCACAAAACAUGGAAUCGCAACGCCCAACGCACGACGCUGCGCAGAACUCAUGCGUCGCCCUAUCGACGUUCAUAGCCGCCAUCGAGGCCCGCAAACGUCGAGUGCUCGCCUCCAUGGACCAGUCUGUGACGUUUCUCGGCUGGCUCGGCUGGGUUUGGAGCGCCCUGUACACGCCCAUCUCGCAGACAAUCUGGGUGUGCGUGCGCCUCAACACCCCGACACCAGCGCUAACCAUGUUCGUCCACGGGCUCUCUAUUGGUGUGUCUGCGCUUGGCCUAACAUUCGACACCAAGAUCCGCUACGGGGUUGCUCUUGGGCGCAAAUGGGGCCCCUGGGCGUUUUACGCGUUCAAUCUCUGGAACGCAGGUGUAUGUCUACUACUAGGCACGGAGGUGCUAGUGCUUUUGAUCUACAGCGUAGUAACUGCCAGCAAUCUUCCAAUCCCGCUAGUUGUUAUGUACCCCCUACUUAGCAUCAUGUGGGCUGUCGGGAGUUUAGCAAUACUUCCGCCCGUGAAUGGUGGGACCUCAGGAAAAAUCGUCUUUGGGUUGCUGAUGGGUGCGUUUUCAGGCGUGGUUGUUGCGGCACCGUCAUUUGUAUUAUGGCAGCACCAGAAGGUUGAUAAGAACUUUGGGGUUUUUAUUCAGGAUGAUGCUGAGGUCGGCCUUGGGUUGGGAGAUUUCCUCGCGUGUGAAGGGGUGAGUGUUUGGGCUAAAUUUGCUGCUAUUAUGCCAUGAGGUGUACGAAAAGUUAAGCCUUCGUCAAUCAGAGAUGGGGAUUUCAUGCUGGCUUUACACGAAGAGGGAUCACCGGGUGCAUAGCAACGAGUGUAGCGCACUAUUUGUAGGCCAGGCUAGGUCAGCGGGUUCGGGAACGCUUCCAUACUAGUAGCGGGGGGCAUGGGCGCUAAUGGCCCACGUGUUCGCGAUCUUAGCUUUUGCAAUUGAUUGGUU